UAUCCGCAGUUUAUUUCAAUAUGAACGUGAAACAGUUUGUGUUCCUAACAGCUUGUAUAGCUGCUGUUGCGGCUAUUUAUCCAUAUUUUGACACACAAGACUUUAUAUACAAUAUUCCGAAAGUAUAUAGGAUAUCAAUUACGUUGGACAAACUGUUGGAAUAUUAUGAAAAGAAGCCAUCGAAGGAUCCGGAAUGGUUUAUCGCUUUGGGAGUUGCUAGAGGUCAAUUGGAAUACACUAUUAAUGAACUGGACAAGUCAGUGCCGCCGAAGCUGAAAGAAAACCUUCAGAAUAUUACUAGGAAGAUGGAUAGAAUCCGAAAUAACACUGAUACGAGUAAAUUCACCUAUCGCAGUAAAGAUUACGAAUAUGUGGUGAAAGCGAUAAUAGAAAACAUGGAUGUGUUGUCCUCGCUAAUGGAGCCGCUAACGCUAGGCACGGUGGGCACGCAGAAACCAUACAGGUUCGGCUUCGAGCAGUACGUGCAGGAGGCCAGGACUAAGAUGCCCACCAGGAAAGCAGCCGACGCUUGCACGAUGCAGCUACUGAUAUCUGCAAUGGAGACGCAAACGACACAAUCAGAGGGCGCUUGUGAGUUAACACCAGAAUGUCAGGCGCAAUUAAUGAAAGGUUCAGGGUUGGCGUUUCAACAGACUAGCCGGGUCCGAGCGGCAGCUCUUGCCCGACUCUUCGACUGUAUGGAAGGCUUUGAUCUAUCGGCACAUAUUUACAAGCUUUGCAUACAGAUUUACAAAGAAACUAAAUCAUUGGAAGCUUGGGGACAUCCUCCUGGCACCAAGACGCUGUUUUUACAACAGAUUCUCUAUUGCUCAUCUCAAGGUUACGGAGAAUUCAUAAAACCUCGUUGGAUGAACAAAAUCUUGGCGUGGCAGGAACCUAAGGGAUGCUACUCAGAUGACCGGCAAUCUUUCUUGAAGCUAACAGGAUUUGUGGGACCUGCUAGUUCUCCUCCGCCGAAAGACAGAGAGGAGGAAUACCGUGUUAAAAAAGUAGCGACAUCAGUGGGCGGGUCGUGCAAUUCUCUCACGUCAGCCAUGGCGCUGGGCUCACUCGUCAUGUACGUGCGAGCUCUGUUGGAAACAGACCAGGCGUUCCAAUAUGAUGUACUAAUGUAAAUAUGACUACAUAUAUUAUGUUGAAAAAUAAAAUCGUUUUUAUUUUAUUUUAACAGA